CCUUCGCAUCAAAAUUGUUUACAAAUGGCUGCUGGUCCACAGGGUUAUCCGAAAUGGUUAUUAAACUGCAAGCAAAACAUCGGCGAUUCGAAGGACUGGAAUGUUUUUCUGAGGGAGUUACAUGAUGCUGUCCAGCAACAGCUUACAGAGAGCCAUGUCCAGUAUUUCAGCGACUUGUCAGAACCGGAAAAAGAACUUUUCAUGCAGAGAGCAACAAAAGCACUUGAAGGAGGGACCUCAUACAAUAACUUGAUGAAGAAAGUCUCCCUUUUCAUGGACCAGAGUCUUAAUGAAGAGGUUUCCAGACAGCUGCUAGAGGAUUCUCCAAUUGACACAAAAUCAGACCUAAUUAUAGAAAAUGCAGAGGAGGGGACACUGAGUCUUCUGAAGAAAUGGCCAGAAAUGAAAGAGAAACUACACGUUUGUUUAAACCAGCCCCUCCCUCCUCCUCUUCGUCAGCUGGCUUGGAGAUUACAUCUCAGUAACACGAAAGAACAUUUAUGGUCAUUGAGAAAACAGUAUGUUGACUUGUUGAACACAAACCCAAGGGCUGCUAUAUCUCAAUAUGAUUAUGAGAUAUCUCAGAAGUGUGAACAACUUAUUAAGUCAGAGACAACUCUCAGUGACCUCAGAGGAUCUGUGGGUAAUUUCUAUGGGAUGAAGGCUGUGUUGUCCUAUCACCACUCUGCUCAAAAAACUAAGAACAGACUGAGAGACGUGGACCAUUUACUGGUUGUUCCAUUUAUACAGGUGGCUAGUUCAAGUAUACCAAGAAAAGAACCUCCAGCUGGAAGAGUUGUGGCCCUUUUGGUGGAGGAGUUUGAAACAUUAAUGGAUGGACGUCCAGGUUUUGUGGAGGACUCUGGUUCUGAUAUACACAAUGAAGAAGUGAGGGCUUUCAUUGAUAAAGUGGCCACAAUGCUCUCUGCCAAGUAUCCAGAGUCCGUUAAAAACAUUGUGGAAAAGUUCAGCCCUUCAAAAGAGAAGAUUGUUGCCACAGAAACUGGUAAUCAGACAUUAUUAAGGGAAGGACUGAUGGCUAUCUGUCGCCCUAUGUUAAGAAGUCUGUUUGUUACCUACUUAAAUCCGGAUACCCUCCUGUACGUGUGGGAUAACUACAUCAUUGGACUGGACACUCCAGGUUUCUCCACUGAGUGGCUGGCCAUUGUACUGGUCACUAUUCUAGGACUUACCAAGGAUAAAAUCAAAGGGGCAACCUCACCUGUUAUGUUGGAAAAAAUACUGAAAGAUGAGAGUUGUAAAUUAACCGUGCCACAGAUUCAGUAUGAGGUCAAGCAGUACUACUACAAGGACCUAUAUUCCAUGCUGACCAGAGAUUCAAAAGCAGCCAUUCCUGUUCUAGAUCCAACACAAGCUCUUCACCCUCCUUGGAGACACUGGUACAAUGAUGUCAUCCCUCCCUUCACAAAACCUCAGGACCGCAGAAAAGCCCGGGAGGAGAGAGAGGCAGAGAGAGAAAGGAUGGCACAACAACAGAAAGAUGCUGAGACGGCAAGGCGAGACCAGGAAGCCAGAGACAGGAGAGAUGAAGAGGAGGAGUACUUGAAGUUGUCUGCCCUUGACAGACAGAGAGUGGAACAGGAGCGAAUCAAACUGGAGGAACAGAUUCAGGAGGAGAGAAGACGAAGAGUGGAGGCAGAGCGACGAGCAGCAGAUGAAAUUGAAAAGUUGCGACUGGAGAUAGCCGGACUUAAGAACCAGAAACCUCCAACACCUGCUUACAGUCCUGCUCCAAGCAUAUCAUCAUACAUCAGCCGUCAAUUACUUGCUCCACCCCCAUCAAGAAUCUCCACCCAAGCACCACCUCCAGUGGUGGUAGUAAAGGAUGUUAGGACCCCCACCCCCGUGCAGACACCAGUGGAUCAGAAAAAUAAAAUUGUGGCAGAUUUUCUUACUAGGGUGCUAUUUGGGUUGAAUAAAGUGGCCCAUGCAGAAGAUCAAUAUGUGGAGAAGGAAGAACUAGAUAGGGCUACGCAGGGAUACCUGUUACAAAAUGUCAAGGACAUAAAACAAGCUCAGAAACAACUGUUUGGUCAUCAUCUGAAACCUGGGGAGUUUGACAAACUACCUGCCAAGCAACAGCAGGAGAAGAGUGAAUCAAUGAUCAAACUAAUGCAGACCUGGAGAGAGGAGAGGCGAGAGAAGGAACUCGCUCAGAACAGAGACGCCUUCUGAGGACUCAUUCCAACCCUCAACUUUACCCGUGUAAUUCUGCUACUCAGAAGUUCAACCGAGUUAUUUAUCCAAAACUUUGUGGUCACUUCCCUCUGCUGGUCAGAGAUUAUGAUUUGAUAAUCCGUCCAAGUGAUUGAUUGAUUCGCAUAUUUGUCAAUACUAUUCAGAAUACCGUGUUCAAGAAUUAACUGUUGUCACCCUUCAGACACCUGUAGUUGUUUCAUGGUAUGAUGUAGGUCACACUUUUCACACACGUAAUUUACCGUAUAGCAAGUUUUUUCAGCUUGGUGAUAAAUUUGGCUUAUUUUAGCGGUUAGAUAGCUUUCCGCUGAAAUUUCACUCGCCAAACAUGUACCCAAAUGCGACGUCAGUAAUGGCAAGAGAGACAACUCCUCCUUCUCUGCCAAAAUUUAUUCCGCUAAAAUUUUGAGCAAUCAAAUCGCCAAAUUUUAGACUUGCGGAAAAAACCCACUAUACGGUACAUGUAUUUCCAGGGAAUUCUAGACGUUCGCUUUAUUUGUGAUCAGUGGCUUUAUUACAUUGAGAUUAGAUAUAGUAUAUAAAAUAAAGGAAGCAAAACAAAA